AAAAGCUGGUCUUGCAAUCUUCAGCUUUUUAUAGCAUUACAAAACUAUGAGCAGCAGUAUCUCCACUAGCACAAGCGAUAUUGCUGCUGCUACUACUACCCAUGCUCACACCCAAUCAACUCCCCGUCCUGGUGUUACCGUUGUACUUGGUUCUCAAUGGGGUGAUGAAGGAAAAGGAAAACUUGUCGAUGUUCUUGCCCAAGACAUUGAUGUGUGUGCCCGCUGUCAGGGAGGAAACAAUGCCGGUCAUACAAUUGUUGUCAAUGGGGUCAAGUUUGACUUCCAUCUCUUGCCCUCUGGUUUGAUCAACCCAGCCUGUCAAAACAUUGUUGGAAAUGGAGUCGUUGUUCACCUUCCAUCCUUUUUUCAGGAAAUCGAAACUACAGUUUCCAAGGGAAUCAAGGUUGCUGGUCGUCUUUUUCUUUCGUCUCGUGCUCAUUUAGUAUUUGAUUUUCAUCAGAUCGUUGAUGGCCUCAAGGAAGACGAGCUUGGUCGUGGUAGUAUUGGUACUACCAAGAAAGGUAUUGGUCCAGCCUAUUCAUCCAAGGCUAGUCGCAGUGGUCUUCGUGUCCAUCAUCUUUUCGAGUUUGAAGAGUUUGAGGCCAGUUUUAGACAAAUGGUUGCCAACAAAAAGAAACGUUAUGGCGAUUUUCAGUACGAUGUCGAUGCAGAGAUUGCUCGAUAUAGAGACUAUGCUGCUCGUUUGCCCGAGUAUGUUAUUGACUCGAUCAAGUUCAUGCAUGAUCAAAUCAAUAGCGGAAAGCGUGUUUUGAUUGAAGGUGCGAAUGCAUUGAUGCUGGAUUUGGAUUUGGGUACCUAUCCCUAUGUGACUUCCUCCAACACCAACAUUGGUGGUGUGUGCACUGGACUUGGUAUCCCUCCGCAAAAAAUUGGCAGGGUAAUUGGUGUUGCAAAAGCAUAUACCACUCGAGUUGGCGCUGGUCCUUUUCCAACCGAGCAACUCAAUGCUUCUGGUGACAUUCUGCAGACUGUUGGCCAGGAAUUCGGAACCACUACUGGACGUAAGCGUCGUUGUGGAUGGCUUGAUACUGUUGUUUUGGAAUACUCCACCAUGAUCAACGGCUACACCAGUCUCAAUUUGACCAAAUUAGAUGUUUUGGAUGGAUUGGAUGAGAUCAAUAUUGGUGUUGCAUAUUACUACAAUGGCAAAAAACUUGAUUCCUUCCCUGCCAAUCUGCACGUAUUAGCCAAUGUCGAAGUGAAAUACGAAACUCUACCUGGUUGGAAAAUUGACAUUUCCAAAUGCCGCAAGUUUGAGGAACUCCCUGUGAAUGCACAAAAAUAUGUUUCUCGUGUUGAGCAACUUGUUGGUGUUCCAGUCGAAUGGAUCGGAGUUGGAGUUGCAAGAGAUGCCAUGAUUCACCGUUCGUUAACAUGAUUGCAAUGUCUAUUAAAACCUACAUUCAUAUUGGGUUUAGACCAACUUUUAUUUUAUAAUGGAUGCAUGCAUGCUUUACAGCCGUAUUCAUGUAAAAUGAAACAAGUAUGUCUAUAAUAAACAGCUAGUCAUG